GCACAGGGUUUGCAUCCUGCUGUGAGAUGCAGUUUUGCAGGUGCUUGGAGCCUGGGGUGUAUCUGCCUUGCAAACCUGCCUGCGGCGUGAACAGAUGGAGCUGUGAUUUGGCAAAGCAGCAGUGGGGAUGCCGCCGCGGGUGCUGCGCCUGGCACGGGGAUUUGGGCUUCAGUGGGACGUGCACACUCCAGGAUCUGAACAGAGCAGGUCAAAGGCGUGAGCGAAGGACGCUGGUGCUUGGACAUUGCUGGAGAGAGCGACCAUCCUGUGUGGGAGUCAUGGAGCAGCUGGGAGAGCCAGGGCUGAUGCGGACUGGGCAGAGACCCUGGUCACUGGAGCUGGAGCGUCUGUCCUCCCCGCCGAAGGGGCAACGCGAUGCUGUGCAAUCUUCCCUGCAGAAGCGGAGGGGGCCGCUGGUGAGGAGGAGGAUCAACCCCGCGCGAGUGAAAGGGAAAGGCCAGCUGAAGCUGUCCAUCGAGGUGCGGGGCCGGGUCCUGGUGCUGCAUGUCAUGGAAGCGAAAGGUCUGAUGGGAAAGGAGUACCGGACGUGCGACUCCUACGUGAAGAUGUCGAUCGUGCCAGAUGCUGACUGGAAAUGCAGGCAAAAGACGAAGACUGUGCCAGACAGCAAAAAUCCUGUCUUCCAUGAGCACUUUCUUUUUCCAGUGCAAGAAGAGGACGAGCAAAAACGUCUGCUGGUCACAGUCUGGAACCGAGAGAGAAAUUCCAGACAGAGCGAACUGAUUGGGUGCAUGAGCUUCGGCGUGAAGUCCCUCCUGACACCAGACAAGGAGAUCAGUGGCUGGUACUACCUCCUUGGGGAGGACCUGGGCAGGACCAAGCACCUGAAGGUGGCUGUGCGGCGGCUGAAGCAGAGCAGAGAGCCGGCACUGGGAAGCCAGGGCACAGGGUGGGAAAGCCAGGACGCCAGGAACAUGAAGCAGCUGAAGAUUACGAUCCCUCGAGGAAGCGAUGGGUUUGGCUUCACAAUCUGCUGCGACUCCCCAGUCCGUGUGCAGGCGGUGGACUCUGGUGGCCCGGCAGAGAAGGCCGGUCUGCAGCAGCUGGACACGGUGCUGCAGCUGAACGAGCAGCCUGUGGAGCACUGGAAGUGCGUGGAGCUGGCACACGAAAUCCGGAACUGCCCCACUGAGAUCAUAUUACUGGUCUGGAGGCUCGUCCCACAGGUCAAGUCAUCAGGACAUGAAGGCAUGAUCCGGAGAUCAUCCUGCAAGUCUGCCUAUGACCUCCAGUCACCACCCAAUAAGCGGGAAAAAAACAGCACCAUGCCUCCACGGCCCGAGCAGCGCCAGAGCUGCCACAUACUGUAUGACGGGAGCGAUGGGCUGGUGCUGAACGGCUGGGAGAGGUACACGGAGAUUGGGAAGCGGAGCCAGAACACCAUGCCACCCCUGUCACGGGUACCCUCUACUGGGGACAAGAACUACAUCAUCUUAGCGCCUUUGAACCCGGGGAGCCAGCUGCUGAGGCCUGUCUAUCAAGAGAACAACGCUACUGUGGGAAACGCAUGUAAAGGGAAGUCACACAUGGGGUCUGGGAGAAAAUCCAGGCUGAUGAAGACUGUGCAGACAAUGAAGGGCUACGGGAACUACCAGAACUGUACCAUCGUGCGGCCACACAUCCCACACUCCAGCUAUGGCACAUAUGUGACGCUGGCUCCCAAAGUGCUGGUGUUCCCCGUCUUCGUGCAGCCCCUAGAUCUUUGUAACCCAGCCCGGACUCUGCUUCUGUCAGAGGAGCUGCUCCUUCAUGAGAGCAGAAGCAAGACUAUACAGGUGACCCUUUUCGUCUACUCCGACCUGCUGCUCUUCACGAAGGAGGACGAGCCAGGGCGCUGCAACGUGCUGAGGAACCCCCUCUACCUGCAGAGCGUCAAGCUUCAGGAGGGUUCAGAAGAUCUGAAAUUCUGCAUCCUUUACCUUGCAGAGAAGUCGGAGUGCUUAUUAAGUUUGGAGGCUUACUCCCAGGAGCAGAAGAAGAGGAUCUGCUGGUGUCUGGCUGAGAACAUCACUAAGCAGCAACAUCCGGCAUCGGCUCCUAUGGAGAACAAGCAGAUGCUGGAGACGGACGCUGAGAAGCCGGGGCAGAUGCACUCGGAGGAGGGGAAGGUUGCGGUGGGCGAUGCUCCUCCGGCCACAGAGGCACCAGCUCCGGCCGAGUCCAAGGAGGCUCCGGGGGCUGCGCAGGGGCCUCUCCCCGCCGAGAAGCUGCCGCCGGCUGCCGAGAGGGUAGAGGAGCGGCACAGCUCCGCACCGGCCUUCGUCAUCCCUGAGCUGCGGCUCGACAGCACCUUCAGCCAGAGCGCCGGGGGCCCGGGAGACGGCGUCACGGAUGGCGAGGACGAGGAGGAUGAGGAGGAGGACGAAGAGGAGGAGGAGGAGGAGGACAGUGAUGAGCCCUACCUGGAGAGGAGCGAGGUGAAGCGCAGCAGCAUGAUCGAGACGUCGGGCUGUCAGCCCGUCUACACGCUGAGCGUGCAGAGCUCCCUGCGGCGCCGGACCCACAGCGAAGGCAGCCUGCUGCAGGAGGCCAAGGGCCACUGCUUCACCUCCGACACCACCCUCAACUGCUCGGACAGCCAGGGCGCCAAGGGCCACUGGGCCCUGCCCUCCCCCAGGACCCUCAAGAAGGAGCUCACCAAGAAUGGCGGCUCCAUCCACCAGCUCAGCCUGCUUUUCUCGGGGCACAGGAAGCUGAGUGGAGCGGACGCUGAGUGCAGCUGUGACGAAGGGGACGAGACCUCGCGCAAGAAAAGGAGCAAGAGCCUAGCCAAAGACAUGAAGAACCGCCUGGGGAUUUUCCGGCGGCGGAACGAGUCCCCGGGAGCCAACCCGAGCAGCAAGCUGGACAAAGUGCUCAAGUCGCUCAAGCCGACUCCGGAGGAAGCUCUCAAGUGGGGGGAGUCUCUAGAGAAACUGCUGCUUCACAAAUAUGGGCUGGCAGCCUUCAGGGCCUUCCUGCGCACUGAGUUCAGUGAGGAGAACCUGGAGUUCUGGCUGGCGUGCGAAGAGUACAAAAAGAUCAAAUCGCAGUCCAAGAUGGUGUCCAAAGCCAAGAAGAUCUUUGCGGAGUACAUCGCUAUCCAGUCCUGCAAGGAGGUGAACCUGGACUCCUACACGCGGGAGCACACCAAGGAAAACCUGCAGAACAUCACCCGCAGCUGCUUCGACCUCGCUCAGAAGAGAAUUUAUGGGCUCAUGGAGAAGGACUCCUACCCCCGCUUCCUCCGCUCUGACUUGUACUUAGACAUAAUUAACCAGAAGAAAGCCAGCUCCCCACUGUAGACCCAAGGACUCUCUCGGGGCAGAGUGGGAACUGUGUGUUUACAUGAAAUCGGGUGGUGGUGGCCUUCCCGGGGGAUGGCGGGAGCUUGCCUUCCUGCUGGCGUUCAUGCCCCCAAGCCAUAUUCCUGCAGCAGCCGGGCAUGAGGCAGGCGAAGGCACCGGGCGUGACGCCGAGGGGACCAACCAACCAAGCAGUCUGGUACUGCUCCAUCGCCCCCAUCUCACCAUCGCUGGUACGACGCCUUUGGGGUGACUCUGGCAUGGAUUUUAGCCAGGAGGGGAGCUCCCACAAGACUACUGUGAAGCACAUGCCUGAGCUGCGAGCGCUCCUGGAAGGCGACGAGUGAUCCCGACUCGGUGAGGAGGAGGAGGACUUUUGUGCAGGGCUCCGGCAAGGGGAAAACAGCACCACCGUGAACAUCUUCCCUGGACAUAAGACUUCUGAACUGGACCAGUCCCACGUCACCGAUGCUGCUGUGCUUCCCCAUGCCGGCGAGAGCCUCGCUGGCCUGGCUCCCGUGCUCCCCCAACGCAGCUAUCUCACAGGAGCCCGGCGCUUCCUUCGCUUGUGGCAAGUCACCCCCGGGAGCAGCGAAAGCCGGUUCGUCCCCCUGCGCUGGAGGUGUGCAAUCAAACCGCUUCCUGCUCCCACCCCUCACCUCCUGGUUUAUUUAUUGACCUCCUAUAGCUGGACGCGUUGCUGUGUAAUAGGAAAUCCUUGUGUCCUUUCCUGUUCUGAAAUUACAAGUGCAAUAUUUGUGUGUGUCUCGGCGGAGUUCUCCAGUGGAACGGAUGCCUUCUCUUUUAAGAGUGCGUACAAAAUUUUCUAAGUUUGCAGGUUUUAUCUGACAAACGGCGUGUUCCCUAGCAGCGGGCCGCUGGGGGAGCCUGGGUGUAUAUAUCAUUCCCUGACGACAGAGGGUUUGAUGGUGUAGAUAAGCAGCUCUGUGAAUCAGACGCUCUCACUACUCUGGAUAACAAUAUUGUGUUUUGAGAAACGUGGGUUAUUGCUGAACCUGGCAGAGCUGGACAGACUGUCUGCGUCCAGGUGCCGAGUUUACAGUGCAAAGCAUCUCUGCAGCUAGCAAAAAUACAUUGUCAUGGUCAUAGGUAAAUAAAAGGAGAAUAUAAUUUCUUGUA